AUAGGUGCGCACGUUUUAUCUAUAAAAAGCCAUAUGCAUUUGAACUUGGAGAAGCCAGGAACUUAAGAAGUGCAGAAGCAGCAACAACAGAAGAAGGGUUUCUGUUCCAAGUGAUUCGAUAGGAUGAGCAGCAGCCAACUUGCUUCCGUUGCCCAAAGGCUAAAAGGGAAAGUAGCACUCAUAACCGGCGCAGCUAACGGGAUCGGCCUAGCUACAGCCAAGUUGUUCCAUCGCCAUGGCGCCAAGGUAGUGAUCGCCGAUAUCCAGGACGAGCUGGGCGAGAAAGCCUACCAUGAAAUUAGCUCCAAUGGCGGUGACGGUGCGAUGUACGUCCAUUGUGAUGUCACCAGUGAAGAAGACGUAGCCGGUGCCGUUGAUGGCACUGUUGCCAAGUACGGCAAGCUCGAUAUCAUGUACAACAACGCCGGCUACACCGGUCCGUCGAACCCAAACGUGCCGGAGAUUGACAAGACCCUAUUCGAGAAGCUCUUGAGCGUCCACGUAGUUGGUGGCUUCCUUGGAGCCAAGCAUGCCGCAAGGGUCAUGAUUCCGGCGAGGCAGGGCAGCAUAAUCUUCACGGCAAGCGUGUGUUCCGUCUUAGGUGGCCUUGGCCUUCCGGCGUACUGCGCAUCAAAGCAUGCGAUUGCGGGCUUGUGUAAGAGCAUGGCCGUAGAUCUUGGGCAGUUUGGGAUCAGAGUCAAUUGCAUAUCACCAUAUGCUGUGUUCACUCCUCUUAUAUCUGGAUUCACAAAUAUGAAUGAAUCUGAGUUCUACAAUGAAGCAAGCAAGCAUGCCUUCCUGAAAGGGGUGAAUCUUAAGCCGGAGGACGUAGCUGCAGCCGCACUGUACUUUGCAAGUGAUGACUCCAAGUACACAAGUGGUCACAACCUUGUUCUGGAUGCAGGUUUCACCAUUGGUUUGAGAGGCAAUUAUUGAGGAAGUGGCCCUGUGAAAGGAUAUGGACUGUCAUUUUUAUUAGAACCCAUGGAGAAGCACACAGUGAACAGCACCAUCAGCAUUGGAUGAAUAAUGAUGGAUGCUUCAAUGCUUGUCAUCUACCUUCUAGUUCUAGCCAAAGAAAUAAAUGGAAAGAGAGGAAACAGAAAAAUGGUUUACUGUUUAGCUUGCAGAAGAUGUUGGCUUCUGCAAGCACCAGGGAACAACUUUAUGAUAUAUAAAAUGCUAACUUCGCGUUUUCAAUUCAA